GCAGCAAGGAAGUGAACAGUCAAGGACCUGUGCCUGGAUUAACAGCCCUGGAAUUGCAAGGUGAAGGAGCCCUGUUAGCUGCAAGGAGAACCACCAGGCAAAAGCAGCCUGUUUCCCGCCACCCACGCCGCAACAUGCCCGGGGCAGAGAUCCCGCGGCAGUGCAGCUGGGGCAGCUGGUGAGCCCCCUGCCCGUGGCCCCAGCGUGGCCCAGCAUCGCUGUGGGCCGUGCCUCACCCCCUCCGUGCAGUGAUGUGUGCCCGCCCCCGAGCCCCUCUGCUGUGACAGCCAAAGCAUGACCACCAGCAGUCACGCAUGCCCCGUGCCGGCUGUGCGUGGACACAUGACUCACUACCCUGCCGCGCACUACCCCUUGCUCUUCCCGCCUGUCAUCGGAGGACUGUCCCUGCCGCCACUGCAUGGGCUCCAUGGCCACCCACCCCUCAGCGGAUGCAGCACGCCCUCGCCGGCCACGAUUGAAACACAGAGCACCAGCUCUGAGGAGCUCGUCCCGAGCCCACCGUCUCCACUUCCACCGCCCCGAGUGUACAAGCCCUGCUUCGUGUGCCAGGACAAGUCGUCGGGAUACCACUAUGGCGUCAGUGCCUGCGAGGGGUGCAAGGGCUUUUUCCGCCGAAGUAUUCAGAAGAACAUGAUUUACACUUGUCACCGAGACAAGAACUGUGUCAUUAACAAAGUCACCAGGAACCGAUGCCAGUACUGCCGACUCCAGAAGUGCUUUGAAGUGGGAAUGUCCAAAGAAUCCGUCAGGAAUGACAGGAAUAAGAAAAAGAAGGAGCCUUCCAAGCAAGAGUGUGCAGAGAGCUACGAGAUGACAGCGGAGCUGGACGACCUCACAGAGAAGAUCCGGAAAGCCCACCAGGAAACCUUCCCGUCGCUCUGCCAGCUGGGCAAGUACACCACGAACUCCAGUGCUGACCACCGAGUCCGACUGGACCUGGGCCUCUGGGACAAGUUCAGUGAGCUGGCCACCAAGUGCAUCAUUAAGAUUGUGGAGUUUGCCAAGCGCCUGCCAGGUUUCACUGGCCUGACCAUCGCAGACCAAAUCACCCUGCUCAAGGCUGCCUGCCUGGACAUCCUGAUUCUUAGAAUUUGUACCAGGUACACCCCAGAGCAAGACACCAUGACCUUUUCCGAUGGCCUUACCCUAAAUCGAACUCAGAUGCACAAUGCUGGAUUCGGUCCUCUGACUGACCUUGUAUUCACCUUCGCCAACCAGCUCCUGCCUUUGGAAAUGGAUGACACAGAAACAGGCCUUCUCAGCGCCAUCUGCUUAAUCUGUGGAGACCGCCAGGACCUGGAGGAACCAACGAAAGUGGAUAAGCUACAAGAACCACUUCUGGAGGCGCUGAAAAUUUACAUCCGAAAAAGACGACCUAGCAAGCCUCACAUGUUUCCAAAAAUCUUAAUGAAGAUCACCGAUCUCCGCAGCAUCAGUGCUAAAGGUGCCGAACGUGUAAUUACCUUGAAAAUGGAAAUUCCUGGAUCAAUGCCACCUCUCAUUCAGGAAAUGCUGGAGAAUUCUGAAGGACAUGAACCCUUGACCCCAAGUUCAAGUGGGAACACAGCAGAGCACAGUCCCAGCAUCUCACCCAGCUCAGUGGAGAACAGUGGAGUCAGUCAGUCACCACUGGUGCAAUAAGACAUUUCCCAGCGACAUUCCCCAGUCACUUCCGUUCCGGGAUUUAAAACACGGGAAGAACAUUUUUAGUGCUGCUGAGUUUUUGGACUGAAACUAUGUUAAAACUCAAGAAGGACCAAGAAGUUUUCGUAUGUAUCAAUAUAUUCUCCUCACUGUGUAACUUGCCUAGAAACACAAACUUUUCAAGUUCUGAACAUCAGCCGUUUCAUGCAACCAGAAACUUGUGGAAGCUUCUACUCUCCUCUCUGAACAGUCAGGACGCAUGGCAAGGACCCGGUCGGGAUGAGUUAGCCCUGGUUAAGUUUCUGAAGACUUUGUACAUACAGAAGUGCGGCUCUGUUGUCUCUAUACUGUUUGGUGCUUUCCCUUUUGUCUUGCACACUCAAUAACCAAGACACCGAGGUUAUGAGACAAACUACUGUCCACGUCCACUAAGAAGGGCUCAGAAAGUAACUGCCCUGCAUUCCUGGGAUAAUCAAGAGCACGGGGUAAGGAAAUAGGACUGCUGUACCACACAGGAUGAGAUGAGACUAAAGAUACUAUAAGCUAGUAAGUACGGAAGCUUGUCCUUGCUUUCUGAUACUCUCAAUUCACAUUUUAUUUCAUGUUGCCCAGUUCAAGUAUACCAAUUCACUGACUAGCAGAAGAGAAUUAUUAUUCACUAUAACUGCCAGUUCAGUUAACCCAAUGUCAUUUGUUCAAUUGUUAAUGUCACUUUCAAUUAAAACUGGUUUAUUACUUAAUGAUACAACUGCAGAAGGAAGAAGAUACAACAUGUUCAGUCAUGGUAGCCUCCAAGGCAAACACGCUUUUCAGUGUCGUGGGUUUGCUACCCUGUCCAUAAGCCACAGAGAGGCUGCAUGGGAUGAGUAGCAGGCUGGUCUGCUCCAGCGUCCUUCCUGGCCUAUGCCUGACACUGGGAUCUCCCCAUCUUCACGUCACCCAGGGGCAAUCACUAAUGCCCAAAGGCAUGGGCAGAGUCCCUGUCGGCUGGCCUUGUUCAGACACUAUGAACAGAGUGACAGCUGUGGUAGAGUGGUUGGCAGACUCCUGUCAGGUGCUGAGUCGUCAUGCAAGCAAGCACGAGAGCAGUCCUUGUUUUGAUAUGCUAGCAAGUCUGUGGCGUGCCCUUCCCAGCUCUGUUUGUAACCGAGACUGUGUAACAGCCUUCUAUGUUCAUAUACCGUUCAUAUACACUAAGACUGUGUAACAAACAGCUUUCUAUGUCCAUAUAUUUACUGAUUACCUUUUUCCAUGGAGUCUCCUGGCAAAGAAUAAAGUAUAUUUAUUUUAAA